AUGUUUUAUGCAGAUUCUAUUCAAGAAGAUAAAAUUAAAUCCUACCUUAACUACAUUGAAUAAGAAUAAGAAAGGAAGGAUAGAAUAAAAAAACUAGCUGAAUCAUUAAUGAAUAAGACAAAAUUAAAAUUGAAGUAUUCAAUCAUAACAACAUUAGAUUAACCAAUAAGGAAUCAAAGAGAGAAGAAUAGUUUAAUAAAAAAUUAGAAGAGAUGAAACAACUUAGUACCUUUGUAGAUGCAAGACCUUCUAUUAAUCGAUUAAAUUUACUAAAUGAUAGAAAUCUAUUAUUAAAACUCUAAGUAAUAUAGAAGACUUAAAAAUACUAAGAAACUAAUAAACAUAAUGCAAAUAAAACUGAAUUCUAAAAUUAAGAAUUUCAAUCUCUAAAUUCUCAACCACUUAUUUUGGAUGAAGAAUUCAAAUUAUAAUUUUUGGCUACUUAGAAUUAUGAGCCAAUCUAAAGAAAAUAGCUAUAAAUGCCAAGGAGAUCUUAACCAGAAUCUCCAAAAGACAUUGAACCUGUGAUAAAAGAAGAAGAAUUAUAAUUAAACUUUGAUGCAUCUCCUAAAAAUGAUUCAAAUUUAUUUUAUCGUUCAGUAUUUAGAACAAGUCCUUCUCCAUAAAGAAAAUAGCAAAUACAACAAUUUGAGGAAGAAACAAAAAAGGCUAGAUAAUUUCUUCAAUAACAAGGACUGAUUGAGAAAUAAGGUUAAAAAAAUUAAAAGAGAACUCCAUUGAGAAAAAUACCAAUUUAACAAUACUAUUAGAAUUUUCAGAAGUAAUGUCAAUCAUUAGUAAAGGAUGUAGCUUUGGAAUCAAGGAGAAGAAGUGUCAUGAGUCAAAUGAAUGAGAGUGAAGGAUGUUCUUCAAAAAAAGAGAUUAUUAAAGAUGUAAUCAUUAAUAAAAAUCAAAAUACAAUUACUAUGUGCAAAUCACAAAUUAAGUUAAAUAAAUCAUAAACAAAUUCCUCUUCGUCUCCAAGAUAGAAAGUGAUGAAUUUUAAUUAAAAGGGCAAAUUGGGAUCAUAAACUUAAAGAGUUUUAAGAAAAACUAAAAGUAUCUUUGAUUCUGAAUAAAACAGUCCAAUCAAAUCAAGAUUGCAAACUUAAUUUGAAUCUUUUACUUAAGCUGUUAAUAAAACUUAGAAGGCAUUUAAUAGAAUAAAUAAGGGAAAUGAGAAGAUUAUUAGAAGAAUGUCAACUGCUGUUAGUAGUAUACAUAAAAAGUAUAGUAAUGAGGUUGAAUAAGUUUGA